GCUGCUGAGCGGAGUGGAGCGGACACAAACCCGACUCAUUCCUCCACUGGACUGUGGUUUAACUUUACUUGUUUAAUCUGAAUGAGAAUCUCUGGGGCAGAAGACAGAGCAACAUGAAGCGACAGCGCGGUUCUUUAUCUUUACUGGGAGCUUUAUCUACUAUAUAUUUCUUUACGGCGCUGCUUGAACCCGGAGUUGCCGGCCUCCCCCAGUUAUUUCCCUUACAUCAGCUUUGUAAGUUUUGCGAUUUGGAGCUUUCCUCCUGUAGUGGUACAGGGACCUGCAUGUCCAACUGCUCCAUCACAUCCACCUGCUCAUACGGCCCCGAGGUCUGUGUUUCUAUCUGGAGGAAAAAUGACACCAGCUUCUCCAUUGAAACCCUCUGCCAUGACCCAUCCAAGCCACUGUAUGGCGUUAUGCUGGAGGACUACAACAGCACCACCUGUGUGAUGACGGAGAAGAACACAACAAGUGGGAUGGCUCACUUUUGCUCCUGUACUGAAGAGGAGUGUAACGACAAAGUGUCAUUCUCCCCCAUUGUGGAUCCAACUCCGGACAAUCCAUUGGUGUCGGUGAUCCUAGUGACCCUGCUGCCACUCCUGCUGGUGUUCUUUGUGGUUGUGGGCAUGUUCUACUGGUACCGAGCCCAUCGGAGGCGCAUGCUCAACCAAGAAUGGGAGAGUAGCAUUAAGAAGCGCAAGUCAAAAGGUGGUGGAUUGGACUGUAGCGAUGCUUGUGCCAUCAUGAUGGAUGACGACCGAUCAGACAGCAGCUCGACGCACGCCAACAAUCUGAACCACAACACUGAGCCGCUGCCUAUAGACCUGGAUCUACUGGUGGGAAAAGGUCGUUUUGCCCAGGUAUACAAGGGGAAGCUGAAGCAGACCACAUCAGAUCAGUUUGAAACGGUGGCUGUGAAGAUCUUCCCCUAUGAGGAGUACGCCUCAUGGAAGAACGAGAAGGACAUCUUCUCUAAUACAGACCUCCGACAUGAGAACAUCCUCCACUUCCUGACGGCUGAGGAGAGGAAGGUGGAGAAACAGUACUGGCUCAUCACCGCCUUCCACCCCAGAGGAAACCUACAAGAGCACCUGACAAGGAAUGUGAUCAGCUGGGAGGAACUGCAGGUGCUGGGCAGCUCUCUGGCUCGAGGUGUCGCCCACCUCCACAGUGACCGCCUCCCCUGUGGACGCCCGAAGGUCCCCAUAGUCCACCGAGAUCUGAAGAGCUCCAACAUCCUGGUGAAGAACGAUCUGUCCUGCUGCCUGUGUGACUUUGGACUGGGACUCCGUCUGGACAGCACCCUGUCCGUGGAUGACCUCGCCAACAGCGGACAGGUGGGCACGGCGCGUUACAUGGCUCCAGAGGUGCUGGAGGCCCGGCUCAAUCUGGAGAACAUCGAGUCCUUCAAACAGACUGACAUUUACUCCAUGGCCCUGGUGCUGUGGGAGAUGACGUCGAGGUGUGAAGCGAUUGGAGAGGUGAAGGACUACGAGCCUGCUUAUGGCUCUAAAGUGCGAGAGCACCCCUGUGUGGAGAGCAUGAAGGACAACGUGCUGAGAGACAGAGGAAGACCUGAGAUCCCUGACACCUGGCUCAGGCAUCAGGGCGUAGCAGUGAUCUGCGCCACCAUCAUGGAAUGCUGGGACCACGACCCAGAGGCCCGUCUCACCGCCCACUGCGUCUCCGAGCGCAUCUCAGAGAUGGAGGACGAGAUGGACAAACUCUCCAGCCGCAGCUCCUCGGCAGAGAAGAUCCAAGAGGAGCUGAAGAUCCCCAUGGUGGAGGUGGAGAUCCCUGAGGAGGAGGUGAAAAUCACAGAAAUACAGGAAAUCAUAGCUGCGGACUGCUCCGUGAGUGAUGAGAAGUGAGAGGAAGCUCAACAUCUCCAUGGACCCUGAGGGAGAUUUCUCUUAACAAGGGCACUUAAUUUCAUAUUGAUGGGAUUGAAGACCUCAACUGUGGGGAUCGGGAGCUGAGCUCCUGGAUCGCAGGAUUUUGAGCCAGGUUGAGUUACAUUACAGUGUCACAUCUAGUUCUAACCCAGAGAGGAAGAAGAAGAAGAAGUAGAAGAGGCUUUUUAAGACAAACUCUGGGUGAUGCUUUUGGACUUCACUGCUUCAAAAAUGUAACAACUCACCAUAAUCAGCUGAGAAAGCUAAAGAGCCAAAAAAAAAAGCCAAAGUUAACUGGAAGCUUCCAAAGAUGUGCUGAGCAUGGAGACAGUAUUUUAUAAGAGUCAGACAGGCUUCUCUCUGAGCAAAAGGUCACUCACUUAAUGAGAAGUAAACUAUUCAACCAAAGACAUUUGACGUGCACUUUACCAUGUGAUACUUAUGCAUUACAGACGUUUGUCAUUGUAUUAUCUUCAUGUAUUCUAACAUGUUGGAGUUAAGGAGAGCUUCCGCCUAAAAGUGCCUUUGUGUGUCCGACUUUGAGCCAAAAAUUUCAGCAGAGAUGUCGCCUUAACCAGCAGGAAUUCAAAGGAAUGUGUGUGUGUAUGAAUGAGAGUGUGUGCAUGUGUGUGUGUGUGUGUGUGUGUGUGUGUGUGUGUGUGUGUGUGUGUGUGUGUGUGUGUGUGUGUGUGUGUGUGUGUGUUUUUAUCCAGCUAUACUUGUUUGCCAGAUAAACAAGCACAAUGUACAUAGAGACAAUAACUGUACAUAAGAGACAAAUCAGCCGAAAAAAGGGAAAGUAAUCCUACUACUUAUCUUUGAAUGCAGAGAUUAAAAGACUUCAUAGAGAUGUAUUUUUUAAAAAACAUUUUGUAUGUUUUCUGUCUAUAUCUACAGUAAAAAACUGAGGUGUGCCAAAGAUAUUUUACCCUGCCUUAUAUACAGUAUGUGUCAUAUGUAAAAUAUUGUAAAUCUUUUAUGAAUUAAAGAUAUUUCUGUAUA